AUGUCUAACAGUGUCGCUACCACAUCUUCUAUACCAGAUAACUUGCAUGAAAUUGUUCAAACCAAAUACAAUAAAGCCUUAAGUGAUGGCAAUUUGGUAUUUACCAAAAGUGAAUCUAAAUUAUUGAAAAACACCGAUGGCAAUACAAAAAACCAAUAUUGGGUUACAUAUGCUCCUUCUUUAAAAGAAAAACCAGAAAGGAAAGAUAUUACGGAUAAUGAAAAAAGUAAUCCAUUUGCUAAGCCUGAACCAGAAUUAACUGUCAUAGAUGAUUUGGAAGGUGAUUAUAAAUUAUUAUUAAAUAAGUUUCCAAUUAUCCCAAACCACUUAUUAUUGGUUACCAAAUCCUUUGAAUCACAAACAGCUCCUUUAUCUCCAAAAGAUUUAUUAACAAGUUAUAACUUGUUAAAAAAAUUGGAUAAUGACGAUGAAUCUGAUAAAAGACACGUUGCAUUUUAUAACUGUGGUGUUAAUUCCGGAUCUUCUCAAGACCAUAAACAUUUACAAAUUAUCGAAUUACCUGGUAAAUUGAAAACUUUGCAAGACAAAUUGGUUAAAAAAGACCCAGGACACUUUAUCCCCAAUCAUAAAAAGGAACCAUUAAAGGAUAAUUCAAUCCCAUACGCCCAUUUUGUAGUUCCAUUACCUGAUCCAGAUGGAAAUGAUGUGGAUGAGGAUUUGUUGGCAAUGGUGUAUUCUUCUUUAUUACAAAGAACAUUAACUUUUUUCCAACAAUGGAGUUGCACUUCAGAGGAAGACAAAAGAUUGCCAAUAUCUUAUAAUUUCAUGAUGACUUUGGAAUGGAUUUGCUUGGUACCAAGAUCAAAGAGCAAUAACGGUACCAUUGGUUUCAAUUCUACAGGGUAUUUAAAUAUGGUUUUGGUCAAAGAAAGAGAGUUGUAUGAUAAAAUUUUAUCGUAUUUUGAAGAUGGAACUACAAAUACAGAUGCUGUGGAAGAUGUUAAAACAGAGGUUGAAGGAGAAGUGAUUAAAAUUGAUGAUAUUUUGUUGGACUGUGGUUUCCCAAACCGUGGUGAUGCUAAACCUUCCGAAUAUGAUUAUUAG